ACGAUGUAUGAAAGAACUGGACCUCAAGAAGUUAUUCACACGGUACCAUUGGGGAAAUUCAAUGUAUGAGUGUCUUUUGAUGUUGCUAUAGUUAAAGAUAUGCCCCUCUUCCCAUUCCUAUCCCGGAAGAGAUGACUAUUGUUGGAGAGGCAAUAGGAUGUCAGGUGGCUUGGCCCAAAAAAUUCACAUUGGUCAACAAUGAGGGAGCUUUAAAAGAUGUUGAUUGUGAAAAACGUUUGGAGUGCAUUCCAGCUUUUGCUUCAUUGGUCGGCAAUGAGAGAAAUUCAAAAAAUGUUGAUUUUGAAAAAAAAUUGGAGUCCAUACAUGCUUUUGAAUCAUUGGUCGAGCAUUUCAAGUAUGAUGAAGCCAUUAACAUUCCACUAGAGAAGGACAUAUUUGGGGAGGAGAUCAGUGUACAACUUCAAAGAGUAGACAUGGAGUGUGUAUGUCAAAUGAAAGAGCUAUCCAUUACAUGCAUCAUGUUGUACAUAAGUGGUCUUUGGAUUUAUGGAAUAACUAAAGGGAUGAAUAGAAAGCCAAUUUGGCAAGUAGUUGAGUGCCCACAACAAUUGACAAGCGUGGAAUGUGGAUUUUAUGUAAUGAGGUACAUGAAAGACCUUAUUAGAGAUCAAAGCAUCCUAAGCAAAACAAACUUUAAUGGGAAGAAGACUUGCAUGGAAUUUGAACUUGAUGAAGUGCGUGUGGAGUGGAUUAAUUUCAUCCUAGAUAACAUGUGAUUAUCUUCUAUAUGUAAGUAUAAAAAAGAAGGGAAAAGUAAAAACAAUUUAGCUUCUACUCAACUUGAUUAAUGACUUUUGUGUUUCAUUGUUAUUUCCCAUCAAUAAUUGUCUAGUAAUUACUUUAUCAUUUGGUGCAAGGAUAAGAUCACCUCCUAAAAAAAAUAUUGUUGUUGUAAUGGAUUGUAGAAACCAUUCACAUUUCUUUUGUUUAGAAGUUAUGGUAAUGGAUCCCCAAUUGAUGGUUUAGUUUUGACAUGUGAUUAACUAGUUCAUAUCAUGAACUUUUUCAAUGAUACAUGAAAAUUCCACUUUUAAACAAGAUUUCUUUGUAAGUUUUUUUUGGUGCAACAGUUUGGACAUGGUAGGUAUGGAAUAUUGAAUUUUCAAAUUUUUGGCAUGAGCUUCACAGUUUGUUAGAAAUUAUGAAUGUUAGUGAUACAAAAUUUGAAAUUUUGAUGCAAUAGUCUGAGGAGUGUAGAUUUGGAAUUUUGAUCUAACUUGAGAUAUGUGGGAGAGAAAUAUGCUAGUGGGUGAGAGUUUAGAGUAAGGACAGAGAGUAGAGUGAGAAUCAUAAAAUGUUUUGUUUGGAGAUGGUUAUAGACUUGGGUGAUGAUGCAUGAUGGUUCAAACCAAUGAUGGAGGGGUGAUUGUGAUUUGUAAUUAGGUGGCAGAGAGAGGUCAGUGUCAUUUAAACUUGUGGGGAUGUCUCCAUCUUGUCAAAAGCCUCAAUAGAUAGGUCAGUGUAAUUUACCCAAUUAUUUU